ACUAUUACUACUACUACUGCUACUGCUACUACUACUGCUUCUACUGCUACUGCUACUACUGUUACUACUACUACUACUGCUCCUGCUACUCCUGCUGCUACUACUGCUACUACUACUGCUCCUGCUGCUACAACAUCAACUACUACUACUAUUACUACUACAACUACUAAUACUACUACUGCUGCUACUACUGUUACUGCUACUACUACUACUAUUGCUCCUACUAGUACUCCUGCUACUACAACUGCUGCUGCUAUUACUACUACUACUACUACUGUUUAUACUGUUGUUGCUGCUAUUGCUACUGCUACUGCUACUGCUAAAUUGGAGUUUACUCCUGCUACUAAUACUGCUACUCCUACUGCUGCUGCUACUACUACUACUGCUACUGUUUAUACUGUUGUUGCUGCUAUUGCUACUGCUACUUCUACUGCUGCUACUGCUACUGCUGCUAUUACUGCUACUGGAACUACUGCUCCUGCUGCUUCUCCUGCUACUACUAUUACUUCUACUCAUACUAUUGCUACUACUACUGCUACUACUACUGCUACUACUACUACUACUCGUACUACUACUACUACUACUACUACUGUUGUUGCUACCGCUACUACUGCUGCUGCUACCGCUACUACUACUACUACUACUACUACUAUUGCUUCUACUACUAUUGCUACUGCUACUUUUACUGUUACUACUGCUACUACUAUUGCUCCUGCUACUACUGCUACUACUUCUACUGCUACUACUACUGCUACUACUAUUACUGAUGCUACUACUGCUGCUGCUUCUACUACUGCAGCUUCUACUACUGCUGUUGCUGCUACUGCUGCUGCUGCUUGCUACUACUACUGCUAUAACUACUGCUCCUACUACUCUACUGCUACUGCUACUGCUUCUACUACUUCUACUUCUGCUACUGCUACUGCUCCUACUACUACUCCUCCUACCUCUCCUACUGCUACUACUUCUCCUACUACUAUACCUACUACUACUUCUACUGCUACUACUACUAUUGCUACUUCUGCUGCUACUGCUACUACUACUACUGCUACUGCUACUUCUAUUUGUAUUGCUACUGCUACUUCUACUGCUACUGCUACUGUUACUUGUAUUGCUACUGCUACUUCUACUUUUACUACUACUACUGCUACUGUUACUUCUACUGCUACUUGUAUUGCUACUGCUACUUCUACUACUACUACUACCACUAUUACUACUUCCACUACUGCUACUAUCUCUCCUACUGCUACAGUUGUUGCUACUGCUACUGCAGCUACUAGUACUACUGCUGCUACUACUACUACUAUUGCUGCUACUACUAGUACUACUACUACUACUACUCUGCUCGUGCUGCUACUGGUGCUACUGCUAGUGCUGGUGCUGGUGCUACUACUUAUUGCUACUACUGCUACUAUUGCUACUACUACUACUGCUACUGUUGCUACUGCUAUUCCUACUACUACAUCUUUUACCACUACUGCUCCUCCUCCUCCUACUACUACUACUCCUAUUCCAGUAUGUCGCAAAGUAAAUGAAUAA